AUGGCGCCCAACCUCUUUGUUGCCACUCAAAAGGCCUUUGCGCCGCACAAAUGGUUCAAGACCAACAAGGCCGACCUGUCAAGAGUUGUUGAAGAGUGGGACAGCCCCGUGCCCGGUCAAUACGAGAGCAUCCCUGGUCGAGGCUGGUUCUUGAUCGCGACUCCCAAGGACGAAUCCAAGCCAGAGGAAAAGGCAAAGCCAUCCUACAAGGGAUCCGACGGAAAGCAAUACAUUCCCCUGGAGAGGCCCAUCCCGCUCAAGUAUUCCCAUGCGCUCGGCCGCUAUUUCCUGGAGCCAGAGUUCUACAAGCGAAAGAAGACGGUCAUGAUCAAGAACGAAAAGGGCAAAGAAGUUCGAGCCGGCUUCUUUCGAGUCGACAAUGUGGCCUGGAUCAAGUGCUGGGACGAAAACGACACGUUUAUCCCAGGCAAUGCCAAUGGCGCGACUGGCUAUCAACGCUGGGUGUUGGACUCGCAGACACAGCAGUUCCGCCAUAUGAUCAAGCGCGACGACCCCAACUACGUCCGGUCUCGGAGGAACUCUCCUGCGCGCGACACUGACAACCGCAGCCAAGAGUCGGUCAGCACAGAGUUCCGCAGCAGUCGUCCUGGUAGCACCAAGAACGGCUUUAGCGUCGCCAGCACCCGCGCAAACAGCAUCCGCUACCAACCCUCGACGCCCACUUCGACCGCACCAAGCCAGCGCCCCUCACGACAGAGCAGUCCCAAGCGCAACGACAGCAUUCCGCUCGAAGAGGCCAAAGCCGCCUUGCGCCGCUUGGCUCGCGAACACGAAGAAGCCGCUGCCGCCCUUGCUCGCUCCCGCAUGAAGCGCACCGACUCCAAAGACCGCGUCGAGCAAAUCGAACGCGGUCGCGUUUCAGAACGUGUUACCAACUAAAGUUCAAAAGCUUGUUUCAGUCAAGAAGGCGGAUGGCGUUCCAACUCUUUUUUUUCUUGUUUUUUCGUCCGUGUGUGUGUGGAUGUUUUCUUGGGAAGCGUGGCGCAAAAGGGUAAUUUUUGCCUUCCCCCUCCCCCCCCCUUUUUUUGGUGUUGGUGGGAAAAAAGGGGUGUGUGGAAAGUGGCGUUUUUUUUUCAUUCAUUCAUUCGUUCUUUCUUUCUUUCCCUCUUCUUCUUCAUCUUCUUAUCUUUUUUUCUUCUCUUUCUUCAAAAGGGGUGCAUGGUGU